AGACACUAUUUUUGUCAUUUUCUCUACUUAAUACAAUCAACCAAAAGACGCUGACUCCAAAAUUGCUCCUCUCCUAUCGCCUAUUGCUAAAACGGUCAAAGUGAGGAGCAGGCACUAAUUUGGGAUGGAUGCUGCUAAAGGAGGAGGAGUGGUGAAGCACAUAUUGCUAGCCAAGUUCAAAGAUGGAAUUCCAGCUGACCAAAUCGACCAACUGAUUAAGCAAUAUGCUAAUCUUGUCAAUCUCAUUGAACCCAUGAAAGCUUUUCAUUGGGGUGAGAAUGUGAGCAUAGAGAACUUCCACCAAGGUUUCACUCAUGUUUUUGAGUCAACGUUCGACAGUACAGAAGGUAUUGCAGAGUAUAUAGAUCAUCCGACUCAUGUUGAAUAUGCAAAUAUAUUGCUUCCUCAGCUGGAGAAAGUCCUUGUCAUCGACUACAAACCAGAGAAAGUCGGUCCCUGAAGUGGUUUCACAAAUGGAUGCACUUGGUGAUAACUGAUAGGGAUCAGUUUUACUCUGAUAUUUACUUUGCUGUACUGAAAUCCAGUAAGAAUGACAAACUUUUCUGAAGGUCUGUGUCUUGCUUGUUUGAAACUAUUAUCUCACUUGACAGCCGCCAACACGAGUGACUUAUGGUCAGUUUGAACUGUUUAAACUUGUAUUGUUAUAACAAUCUCGAGGGAGAACACUCCUCUUUCUUCUCUAAACGGGGGAAUGAAUGAUGAACAGCAUAAGCGCAUUAAUAAACUCGGAUUUGUUAUGUAGUUGGUUUAAGA